AUGGAUAAUGACUUAGACAUGACUGGAGAAGAGGACAAACUUGUUUCCCUGGGCACGGAUGUGUUUUCUCGUGAACGAUCCGUUGGUCAAAAUAUGGACGAAAAUAAUAACAGACUUAACGAAAAUGAUCAAGCAAGAGCAUCAACUGAUACAUCAGAGCUACAAAAAGUAGCAGAAACUAAUGAGAAUAAUUCGUAUGCUCCGGAAACCGUUUACAACCUUCAAUCAGAUUUCAAUGAAGAAGGAACACAAGCUGGAAUUUUUCAAGAUGAACGCCAUGACAGAACUUUUGCUUUACACAAGGUGGUCGUGCCUCCUGACUACAAGUACAAUCCCAUUGAGCAGCAUGUUCCAAACGACCCACCUGCAAAAUCAUAUUCUUUUCAGCUUGAUCCAUUCCAAGCUACUGCGAUGGCUUGUAUAGAAAGAUGUGAAUCAGUUUUAGUAAGCGCACAUACGUCCGCAGGUAAGACAGUAAUCGCUGAAUACGCUGUCGCUCAAUCCCUCAAAAACAAGCAACGAGUUGUCUACACUAGUCCUAUUAAAUCGUUGAGUAACCAAAAAUAUCGUGAAUUGCUCUCCGAGUUUGGUGAUGUUGGUCUUCUAACCGGCGACGUAUCUAUCAAUCCAUCAGCUAGCUGUUUAGUAAUGACUACUGAAAUAUUGCGUUCUAUGUUAUAUAGAAAUUCCGAACUUAUGCAUGAAGUAGCCUGGGUUAUUUUCGACGAAAUUCACUACAUGCAAGAUAAAGAUCGCGGAGUGGUUUGGGAGGAAACCCUUAUUCUUCUACCAAACGCGGUUCGCUACGUUUUUCUCUCCGCGACCCUUCCAAACGCUAUGCAGUUUGCUCGUUGGAUUGCUUCCAUACAUUGCCAGCCUUGCCAUGUUGUAUAUACUGAUUAUCGACCAACACCAUUACAACAUUUCAUAUAUCCCCAUGGUGCUGAUGGUAUAUACAUGGUUGUCGAUGAAAAGAAUCGUUUCAAAGAUGAAAGCUUUGCAAAGGUAUUGGAAGUACUUCAAAGCACUGUUGAGUCACACGAAAACCGCCAAUCUAGAAAAAAGGGCAAGCGAACAACAUCACUGCAACGCAUAAUUAGUAUGGUUAUAACUAAUCAUUAUGAUCCUUUAAUUGUGUUUUGCUUUAGUAAAAAAGAAUGUGAAGCUAAUGUCUUUCAGUUAAACAAGGUUGAUCUCAAUGGUGACGAAAAAAAGGAUUUAAUAAAUGAAAUUAUAGAUUCUGCUUUACUUCAAUUAAAUAAGGAAGAUCGAGAGAUUCCGCAAUUCAAUCAUAUGAGAUCGUUUCUUUUGCGAGGAAUUGGCUUUCAUCAUUCCGGACUGCUGCCGAUUAUGAAAGAGAUAGUUGAAAUCCUCUUUCAGGAGGGAUUAGUGAGAAUAUUAUUUGCUACUGAGACAUUUGCCAUAGGUUUGAAUAUGCCAGCAAGGACGGUUUUAUUUACAAAUGCUCAAAAGUUCUCUGGCACUAACUUUCGUUGGCUGACGUCUGGAGAGUAUAUGCAGAUGAGCGGUAGAGCCGGCAGACGAGGUAUUGACCCAAAGGGUUUAUCAAUUGUGAUGGUUGAUCAAUCUAUAGAUGAGCAAACUGCUCGUGCAUUAAUGAAUGGUCAGCCCGCAUCUCUUUAUUCUGCUUUUCAUUUGAGUUACAAUAUGAUUUUGAGUCUAAUGAGAAUUGAAGGAAUAAGUCCAGAGGACCUUCUACGAAAGAGUUUUUAUCAAUUUCAGAAAAUGGAAUCACUUCCUGUGCUUGCGCACAAGCUCGACAAAUACAAGGUCAAAGAGAAAUCUAUUGAAGUGAAAGACGAACAAUCCUUAAGAAGAUUCCAUGAUCUGAAAUUGCAGUUGGAGCGUUAUGGGAGAGAUAUUAAGCAUAUUAUUACGGAACCAGAAAAUUGCUUACCAUAUUUACAGCCAGGAAGGCUAGCGCAGGUAAAAAUUCAUGAUACAUUAUUUCCUUGGGGGAUUAUUGUGAAUUCUACUAAGAGAAUGGAUUCCUCAACUCCAAAAGUGGAUCCUCAGGAUAUGUACAUAAUUGAUAUAUUACUCCCACUAUCGUCAAAAUCAACCUCUAAUAGCAAUUUACGAUCUACUCAACUAUUUGCACCUUUACCUAAUGAAAAGCCAGUAUAUGAAGUCAUUGCUGUUUUCCUGUCUGUCAUUGAAAACUUUUCUUCUCUUAGGGUUCUUCUUCCAAAAGAUUUGAGUUCUCAUGAAAGCAGAAGAAGUACUUAUCAAAACGUCCUUGAAAUUCAAAAAAAGUUGAACGACGAAAUGCCCUUGCUGGAUCCUGUCGAACACAUGAACAUAAAAGAAACUGCGUUGAAACUUCAUGUUAGAAAAGUUGAAAUUUUAGAACCCAAGUUUUUAGAAAGCCCCUACUAUAAAGAUCCAUCGUUUAGAUCGGAGUAUCACAAAUAUACGGAAAAAUUAGACUUAAAAAAUCGUAUAAAAGAUUUGAGCUCGAAGAUUGGGACUACUGAAUCCAUCAUCCAUCUAAAGGAAUUGAAAAGUCGACAGCGAACACUUCGACGCCUCGGAUUCAUUACUGCUGAUAACGUGAUUGAUAUUAAGGGAAGAGUUGCUUGUGAAAUAAGUACGGGCGAUGAGCUUUUAAUAACUGAAAUGAUUUUUCAAGGUAUUUUUAAUUCCCUCCCUCCCGAUCUUUUUGCUGCUACUCUAAGCUGUUUUGUAUAUCAGGAAAAAUCUGAUGUUUCAACGCUUAACCUUAAGGAACCGUAUUCUGCAACAUAUAAAACUAUAUUAGACAUUGCAAAGCGAAUUGUGACAGUAUCCGUGGAAAGCAGACUAGAUAUUGACGAAGAUGAAUAUGUUCAUCAAUUUAAGCCGGACAUGAUGGAAGCCGUUUCUAGAUGGAUAAAUGGAGGCACCUUCUUAGAGAUUUGUGAAAUGACAAGGUUGUAUGAAGGAAGUAUUGUUCGAACUUUUAGACGAUUAUCGGAACUGUUAAAACAAUUUCGAAACGCUGCAUCCGUUUUAGGUAAUUAUGAACUACAAGAAAAGUCUGCCCAAACAGAACAAUUACUUUAUCGCGAUAUAAUAUCUUCUUCUUCUUUGUAUUUUUAAUUGGAUUCUAGAACUUGGAGUUUAUACUUUUAACUUUUUUAUUUUCAGAGCACAAUAGUUCCUAAUUUUGAUUGAAAGUGAUGAAGGAUAUCAUUCUUAUUAGAUUAUAGAUUAAACUGGAAUUAUGUACCAUGAUCACCUGAUAGAUAAAU